AUGGUGAAAGCCUUUUUCUGUGGGCAGGAACUACCUAAAUUUGUGACUCACACAAAUUUGGUGCUAUUUCCAAAGAAGAAGGAAGCUGGGUUUGUUAAGGGAAGGAGUAUUGCUGAAAAUAUUUUGCUUACUCAGGAAAUCAUCACAGACAUAAGAAUGAGAACUAAAGCAGGCCCUAAUGUAGUGCUAAAACUGGAUAUGAUGAAGGCCUAUGAUAGACUGUCUUGGCUCUUUUUAACGAAGGUUUUGAGGAAGAUGGGGUUCUCUGAAAGAUUCAUUGGGUUGAUCUUUGGUAUUGUGUCCAACAAUUGGUACUCAGUUUUUGUGAAUAGGCAAUCACAUGGUUUCUUCAAGUCUACGAGGGGAGUCAAGCAAGGUGAUCCUCUAUCACCUACUCUUUUUAUAUUGGCUGCAGAGGCAAUGUCUAGGGGGCUCAAUGCAUUACAUCAUAAUUUGUAUUUUUCUGGAUUUGGAAUGCCUAAGUGGAGUCCCAAGAUCAACCAUCUUGCCUAUGGUGAUGAUACCAUUAUUUUCUCAUCAUCUGAUGCCACUUCAUUGAGCCUGAUUAUAGAGGUAUUGAAUGCAUAUGAAGCAGCAUCGGGGCAGCUGACUAAUAAAGCUAAAUCUGCAGUAUAUGUUCACAACUCUGCAAGUGAGGAGGUGGUGAGGAAAAUUGAAAGAAUUACUGGGAUAGGGAAGCAUGAGUUUCCUUUCAUCUACCUUGGAUGCCCUAUCUUUUAUACAAGGAGAAAAAUGGCUUUCUAUGAAGGUAUGAUCACUAAGGUGUUGGAUAAAAUACAGGCUUGGAAAGGAAAAUUAUUAUCGAUAGGAGGAAUGGCAGUGCUGAUCAAAAGUGUGCUGCAAAGCAUGCCUAUUCAUCUGCUUUCAACAGUGAAUCCUCCUGCUAAUGUGAUCAACAAGUUACACAAAUUGUUUGCUAGGUUUUUUUGGAGCAAUUCUGUUGAGGGAAGGGCUAGACAUUGGGCUUCAUGGGAUACCUUGUGCAUGCCUAUAGAGGAAGAAGGAGUGGGGUUCAGAUCACUUCAUGACAUGUCCAAGGCUCUUUUUUGCAAAUUGUGGUGGAACUUUAGGACCAAGCCAUCAUUGUGGAGCUCUUUUAUGAGCAAAAAAUAUUGUAAGAAGAUGAAUGCCAUUAUAGUUCCCUGGAGAGCUGGUUCACAUGUUUGGAGAAGGAUGUUGGAAUGCAGAGAUAUAGUGGAGCAUCAGAUAUUAUGGAAACUGAGAAUGGGAUCAUCCCUUUUUUGGUUUGAUAAUUGGACAGGGCUGGGGUCUCUUUAUUUUGUGACACCACCAGAAUUCCUUGUUGAUGAAACAGUGCAAAAUGUUAAUAAUGUAGUAGUAGGAGGACAGUGGGAUGAAAUGCAACUUACACAAAUAUUACCUAAUGAUCUAGCUAAUCAUAUUCUGGAGAACAUUCCUUAUCCUGCUAAUUCAGAAGAACUGGACAAGCCUGUUUGGAGCCUAGACACAAGAGGGCAAUUCACAGUUAAGACUGCUUGGGAAUACCUACGAAGGAGGAGAGAUCCUGCACUGUGUUACUCUAAUAUGUGGGUGAAAGGGCUGCCAUUUAAAAUUUCAUUCUUUAUGUGGAAGUUAUGGAAAGGGAAAUUACCCCUUGAUGAUACUAUGAGGAGAAUGGGAUACUUCAUGCCUUCAAAGUGUCGGUGCUGUGUAUUUCCAAAAGAAGGUACAGUAAGUCAUGUGUUUUAUCGAUCCUAUACAGCUUCAAGAGUGUGGUCCUACUUUUUCUCUCAUGCUGGAAUGUCUUUGGAGGGGCUGAGCUUGCAUCAAGCUAUAGUAAAAUGCUGGACUGUGUUAGUGAUCCCUAGGCUUAAGCCAAUCUUUCUAGCACUACCUAGCAUCAUAGUUUGGGAGUUGUGGAAAAGAAGGAAUAGCAAUAAACAUGGGGAGCCUGUAUCAACUAAUAGGGUGGUGUUUCAGAUAUGCACGACUUUGCAGUCUCUUAUUAAAGUGAGGAAGCCUGGGAUUGCAUAG